AACUUGAUUAAUCUGUGGGGACCCCAGAACACCCCAUACUUUCCCAGUAGAUAUCAGAUUCGUUAUACUUUCCAGCCAUCAUAGCAAUAUUUUUACAUUAUGGAAAAGAUCGAGGUACAGCAUGUCGAAGGAAUUGAUCCACAAAUCUGCCAGAGUAAGUUCGCAAUAUCAUACUUCGUGAUAGCAAGGUAACUGAUGAUCGGAAGAGGAAAGCAGCUGGGCUCGCUUCAUCCCCGGCUACAGUCCAGAACGAUGCAUCGCUUUCCGCGGCCGGGCGAUGGUCAACGCCAUUCUCCUCCUGGCUGGCAUUGCGAUCAUGUUCUUCGGCUAUGAUUCGUCAUGCAUGAGCCAGAUCAACACCAAUGCCAAUUAUCUGACCCUGAUGGGACUGGAUUCCGGGUCUGCAAGAGAUUCUGCGGCCGUGGGUGGAUUGGUCAGUCUUUGGUUUGGGGGAUUUGGAAUAGGCGCCGUUCUUACGGGAUACAUCGCUGAUCGAAUUGGACGGCUGCGGACCAUCCAGAUAGGAUGUUUAUGGGCCCUCCUCGGCGGUAUCCUUCAGGCUUCUGCGCAGAAUAUCACCUGGAUGGCUCUUGCGAGGAUCAUCGGCGGAAUUGGAUGUGGCCAUCUGAAUACGAUCGUGCCUGUUUGGACGUCUGAACUGGCGGAUCCGCAGGUUAGAGGCGCAUUUGUUGCUGUGGAAUUCACCCUGGCACUUACGGGGGCAACGAUGGUAUACUGGGUGGAAUAUGCAUGCGUGAAAACGCAGAGUCUGACGUUUGCCUGGCGAUUCCCUCUCGCCCUGCAGACUAUCUUCCUGCUCUUCAUCCUGGUCGCGAGUUCGUUCUAUCCGGAGUCCCCGCGCCACCUAGUCCGCACGGGACGCAUCGAGGAAGCACGGCAGAUCCUGCACCGGGCACGUAUCCACCCUGUCGACAGUGAGGUCGAGCGCGAGAUUGCCGAGAUCGUCGCCGCCAUCCAGCUCGAGGCCAGCGAACCGGAGCCCUCGUACUGGCAAAUUAUGACUCGGCGAGACAAGCUGCACACCCGGCGACGGAUUCUCCUCGGUGGCGGUGUCCAGGUCAUGCAGAAGUUCACGGGCAUCGACUUCAUCUCUACGUAUGCUCCUGAGAUGUUCGAGCUGGCGGGAUACACGGGGAACAAGCCCGCGUUGCUGGCCGGGGGGAACUUCUUCGGAUACACGGCCUCCCUGGCGCUGGCGAUUUACCUGGCUGAUCGAGUCGGGCGGCGGCGACUGAUCCUCAUCGGCUCCUCGUUGAUGUUCCUCGUCCUCCUCGUCGGCGGGGUCUUGUCACAUGAAGUCAUCUCCAAGAGAGAGUCGGACCCAAAGCUAGCAUCACGCUGUGGUGCGGGAGUCACCACCGUUCUCUACCUUUAUUCCGCCAUCUAUGGCGGCACAUGGCUAACAACAUGUUGGGUAUAUCCCACCGAGAUCUUUCCGCUGGCUAGUCGUGCGAAGGGCACUGCAUUGGCGACCGUUGCCUUUUCGCUGGCAGGGGGUAUCAUCAACGAGAUCGUACCGUACCUAAUCGACGCAAUUAGCUAUUGGGUCCUGAUCCUCUUUGCCGCGAUGAAUCUCGUCAUGCUCAUUCCGAUCUACUUGUUCUAUAUCGAAACCGCUGGGCGUCACUUGGAAGACCUAGACUUUCUGUUCGCGAAUAAAAGCCCCUUCGUGUGGAACGCGGAGCGGGAUUUUGCAGAGAUGAAGAGGGCUGAGGCUGCUGCUGAUCAGGAUCCAGCGCUAAGCGUCUUGACUGUUGCAUAA